AUGAGCCUCGUGUCGCGAGACUUGAAGGAUUUUCUCAAUUCCGAUUCCGAUGAGAUCCCCAACAGCUUGAAACAGAUGGCCAAGAUCACCAGGUCGUAUGAGUUCACGGAUUCGCUCUCUAGGGUUUCUCAGGCUGUCACCGUCGGGGUCUUUCGCGGGUACAACUUCGACCCUAGUAGCGUUGGCGGUUCAGGAAUUGGAUCGGAGCCAAGUGUUGUUGAUAGAGUGAUUGAUAAGGUUUUCUCGAAGGCUGGAUCUGGUUUCGUUUCAGUUGUAGCUGGUAGCUUUGCUAAGAAUCUAGUUCUUGGAUUUUACUCGAAUGAGUUGGAGAAUGGUGUGAAAUGCGAUUCUGAUUCUUCAGAGACACCUCAAUGGGUGAAUCUGCUCUGUGAUGAUAAGUGUAGAGAGCUUUUAGCUGAUUGCAUCCAGAGAUUUACCAGCACAGCAAUCGCUGUGUAUCUCGACAAGACGAUGGACAUCAACACUUAUGACCAGAUCUUUGAGGGCUUGACGAAUCCGAAGCAUCAGGAUAGGGUCAAAGACGUUCUUGUUUCGGUUUGCAAUGGUGCCCUCGAAACUCUCGUUAGGACGUCUCACGAAGUCUUUACAUCUUCUUCAAGGUCUAACACUGUGAUAGAAGAGAUGGAAGAAGACGAUCUCAAGAUGAACGGUUCAUCGAGGAGCAAGUCGGAAUCAGUGGACGGGAUCAAGAGUAGCGGGUGGGCCGAGGCUAUCUCAACUACGUUGGCAGUGCCAAGCAACCGAAGGUUUAUGUUCGAUGUAACGGGGAGAGUAACUCUAGAAACUACAAGAUCAAUCAUCGGAUUCAUAAUGUUGAAGAUGUUACAAGGGUUCAGAAAAAGUUUCAAUGUGGUUCACGAAGAGGUUACAGACAGAGGACGCCAAGUAGUUGGAUAUGUUGGAGCCAAAUCUUCUGUUAUAGUCACAGUGUGCCUCGCCUUGUACCUGCACGUCAUAAGCGGCUGUGUUCGUAACUCUCCCAUAGGCGUAAGCCAGCAUUUUUAG